AUGGAGUUGACAUGCUGUAAGGGAGUUCAGGAAACUCUGACACAUAAGAGUAUUCCUGCUACAAAAGAAACUGAUAUUAGCAAAGUCAUUCACUUGACUGAUAGUAUUAAUGAUAGAGAUAACAGUGAUCAUACACCAAUUAAUGAAGAGGAAAAGAAUGAUGCUGAUCAGAUUUCAAUCAAUGAAAUAACAGACCUUAAUCCUGACAUGGAGAAUGAUCUCAAUCUUCAAGUAUCAAAUAAUGUUGGAUCUUCAGAUGUGUUUCCAAGCCUUGUCCAAGAAAUGCCGGCAACUGAAAGAGGUUUUGAAGGCAUUGUAGCUCAUGAGUCUGAACCGGAGCUUGUUGUUAACAAUGUCACAACUGAAGACAAAAGCUGUUCAAAGGUAGCUAACAAAGGGAAGCAGAUUUGUGAAGAUAACCAAUGCCUGCAAGAAUUAAGAAAAUCAUGUAAAAGUGCCCUGAAGAUUACUGAAAAAGAUAUCGUGCCUGAACACAAUGCUGAACAGUUUCCUCCUGUCACCGGAGAUGAUGUUCAAGCAGGGGAUAGUGAGAUGAAUCGAGAAAAUGAAAACGAAAUUCAGGAUCUUCAUCAAAAGAAGUCUUCCAAGAAAUUUAAAAGGGUGCGCUUACUUAGGGAAAUACUUAGAGAAGAUGAGGAACCCGUCGUUGAGCAUAUCAGAAGAGGAAGACCAGCACUUCAAAAUCCUUCCAACAAGUCUGCAGAUUCACAGAGACAAAAAACUGUCAUGGAGAAGGUGGUUGGUGAAGGAGACACAAAGAAGUUGGAAAAGAAGGGUCAACCAGGAAGAAAGAGAAAGUUAGUUGUGGAUGAAGAUGAAGAAGAUGCACCUUUAACUGAUUUGAUCCAAAGGGCUGGAAAUGAAGUAUCAAAUGAAGAAGGACUGGAAGAGAGACUGCAUCUUUCUUCAAAUAGUUCACCUCAAACUUUGCUAAGGCCCGUUCAAGAAGGUCCAGGAGGUGAAACUGAUUCUACUGGAGAAGGAAUAUUUCCUUUAACAACUGCUUUUUCUACAGAAGGAAAAGGAGUUCCUACUGAAGAGAUUGAUGAAACGACGAGGGAGCAAAAUGAACUGGAGGCUUUAGUCGCGUUGUUGCAAAUAUCUCAAAUUAAUAUGGUAAAUGAAGAACCUGAAUCACAGAUUAAGCAGUUGAAGGAAAUAUCUAUGGACUUGAAUGUUGGCACAGGAGGCAGUGAUCCAAUUCUCCGGAAACUUAAUCCAGGUGAAUCUUCAAAGACAAAAAUGGAUACAAUUGGUUCAUCUCAGACCUAUGGUUCCCUGAAAGAUAACUUGUCUGGAAAAUCACAUGCUGCAGCAAUCUCUGAAAUGCUUUGUGGGACAAACAGAAACCCAGCUGAAUUUACUCCAAUUGAAGCAGAGAAUCCCUACCUGAGGGAGGAAAAAGAUGAAGUGCGAAAGAGGGUUAGUGGGGGAAAAAGCUGUGGCUCGUCUUCCAAGCAGAACAAGAAGCCAAAGAAGCCCUAGCUGAAUUGGAACUAUUCCUCCUUCUUUUAGCUUUUUAUUUCUUUAUCAGACCUAGAUUUGCAUGUUGAACUUAAUUUUACAAUAGCUUAUGACUUUUUAUUUUCUGUGUCUGCAAAAUCAUAACUCCUCAAAAUGUUUUCAUUUUAAA